CGCCCACUCACUCGAUAACCCCACCCUCAGGUGGUCGCGACGCGUUCUCCAUUCCACUGUGCAAUCGAGAUCCUCGAACCAGGAUCAUGAAUGACCUGCUCCGCCUGGUGGCGGCAGUCGUGCUGCUGAUCGCGACCGUCGGUGCCCAGGACUCCGCCGCCAGUUACCUCCUUUCCGGCCACUCCACGCCCAUGGCCGGCAGUCUGGCCCACCAGUUCUUCAACCUGGCCAGCCAGAAGGCCCAGCUCGAGAACCAGACCCUCACCCGGGAGAUCCGCAUCGGCGGCAGUCGGGAGUACGACGACGAACGCUGCGACCGGGACAUCAAUCGCAUCCGGGACGCCAUCGACAACAUGGAGGAGUGGGCUCUGGAAUUUCCGGACACCUGGGGUCGCCUGCCCAUGGGUCUCUUCUGGGGCCACACGAUCAGCAUGGGCCAGUACGAGGAGUGUGUGGCGGCCAGGACCACCUACGGCGACGAGAUCCGCGGACAGUACUGCCUGGCCAGCCUGAACAUCACCACGUACUACCAGUCGGUGAAGAAGCGCGGCGAGGAGUUCAGCCGCAUCAGCUACAAGCAGACGGAUCCCCAGGUCUUCGAGCUCGGCAUCUGCGUUCCCAGCACCUGCAGUGCCCAGAAGACCGACAAGCUGCUGAAGUAUGUCAUCACCUCGUUCUACGGCACCGAUGUGACCGACUUGGACCUGGAGAUGGUCACGGAGAAGCGCUGCAAGUACGAUGCACCCAUCGAGUUGCGCGGCAUCGACAUCUUUGCCAUCAUCUUCUUCUCGCUGAUUAUUUUCUUUAUGGUGGCCAGCAGUGUCUACGAUUACAUUCAGACCCGCAAGGGAGCCCCCAAGAAACCGCUUUUGCUGGCCUUCUCCGUGCUGACCAACGCGCCCAAGAUCUUCACCGUGAAGAAGGUGAACAAUCCGAAUGUGAUCCACUGCCUGAACGGGCUGCGCUGCUUCAGCAUGAUGUGGGUGGUCUUCGGCCACGGCUACAUGACCUUCUACGACCUGCCGCACAUCAACAGGAACGCGUUCUACACCUGGGUGGAGACCCCCUACUCGAUGCUCGUCCAGAACGGCUCCCUCUGCGUGGACACGUUCUUCUUCAUGUCCGGACUGCUGAUGUGCUGGGGCGCCUUCCGCGAAAUGGAGCGCACCAAGGGCAGGCUGAACAUCCCCAUGAUGUACUUCCACCGCUACAUCCGGCUCACCCCCGUGGUGGCCGUGGUCGUUCUGUACAUCAUGUCGCUCUACAAGUACUCGGGCGCGGGUCCCAUGUGGUUCAAGCUGGGCACCCAGGACCAGCGGUGCGCCGACACCUGGUGGGCCACCCUCAUCUACGUGCAGAACUACGCCUUCCCCUACAGCAUUUGCAUUUCGCAAUCGUGGUACUUGGCCGUGGACACGCAGCUGUACUUCCUCUCCCCGAUCUUCCUGAUCCCGCUGUGGAAGUGGGGCAAGAAGGCCUUGGUGCCCAUCGUGAUCUUCCUGAUCAUCUGCCUGGGCGGAACCUUCGCCACCUUCAUGCUGAACGACUUCACCCUGUUCCGAGUGCAGGACGACCACGUGGAUCUGCGCCAGCGGCUGACCUACUAUCCGACGCACACGCGCAUUCCCACCUGGCUGAUUGGCGUGAUCUUCGGCUACUUCCUGUUCACCAGGAACCGCGGUCGCCAGAUCCCGAUGGGCAAGCCGCUGGUGCUCACCGGCUGGUUCGUCGCCUUCGGAACGAUGCUGGCCUGCAUGUGGGGACCCUACUGGCGCAUCCUGCCCGACACUCCCGACUCCCCCUUGAUCGAAGGAGCCUUCUUCGAGCCGCUGAGCAGGACUGCCUGGGCCUUGGCCAUCGGCUGGAUCGUUUGGGCCUGCUACAAUGGCCAUGGUGGCCUGGUCAACGACUUCCUCUCCUGGAGCUUCUUCACAGGAUUCAGUAGGCUGUGCUACUGCAUGUACGUCAUCCAUCGCAUUGUCCAGCUGGUCAAUGCCGCUCGUCUCCAGACGGACACCCACUUCUCCAAUUACGAUGCGAUCCUCCGCUGGUGGCACGACUUCGGCAUCACCCUGACCGCCUCCAUCUUCGCCACCUUGGCCUUUGAGGCGCCCAUUUUGGGCAUUGAGAAGGCCAUUUUCGGCAAGCCGGCGCCCAAGAAGCCAACUCCCGGUGAGCUGGCCAAAACUGCACCCACUCCAGCUGCUGCUGCCGCUGCUCCUGCUGCUGUGGCGGAACCGGAAACCAAGCUGGUGGAGGAGAGCCAGGCGGAGAUCACGCCCGCUGCCGGCAGCAGCGAUGAGAAUCCAUCCAAGGCCUAAAUUCCACCACUGCCACCAAGCGUUUUUUUUUUUGUCCCCACGAACCAAUUUUUUGUGUGUAGUUAGUUAUAUUUAUUAAAAACUUUAAAACAAUCAA